AUGGCUCGGACGAAACAGAAUGCGAGGAAGUCCACUGGCGGUAAAGCACCUCGGAAGUCGCUCGCCGGAAAGGCUGCACGAAUAACCACCCAAACAAAAGUCGACCGAAACUAUAGAUACAAGCCGGGGACUGUGGCUCUACGUGAGAUCCGACGGUACCAGAAAAGCACAGAACUCUUAAUACGGAAGGCCCCUUUCCAAAGAAUAGUGCGUGAAAUUGCUCAAGACUUCAAGAGCGAUCUGCGGUUUCAGUCUUCGGCGAUUGGCGCUCUACAAGAGGCUGUCGAGAGUUAUCUGAUUUCACUAUUUGAAGACACGAAUCUAUGCGCCAUUCACGCAAAAAGAGUAACUAUUCAGUCGAAGGAUAUUCAGCUAGCUCGACGGAUUAGGGGUAAAUAG